GCGUUAGUCCAGGAGCCAUGGAUAGCGUCGGGAAACGUGGUAGCUGGACUAAAGUCGCAAACUUACUAUACGCACAUCCCGAGUGCAACAAACAGGAUGAUCUGACGGUGGUAGCUGUGAAGGAUGGCAAGGAUGACACAAUACUCCUUGCAUCUUGUUACAUGCCUCACGACGAGGAGGCGCCACCAAACGAGCUCCGGAGGUUGGUGGGAGAGGCCGAGAAGGCGAAACGCCCACUCAUCAUAGGCGCGGAUGCCAAUGCGCACAACACAGUAUGGGGGAGUGGAGAUACCAACGAAAGGGAAUACGACAGACGUCUUGGAGGACAGUUGAAAGGCUUUACAUUGUUAACGACCAAUUUCAUUUCACUCUUAGUUUUAGGUUCACCAGAACGUUUUGAACUUGUGUAA